AUGUCACAUCGAAAAUUUUCGGCUCCCCGACAUGGGUCAAUGGGUUUCACGCCUAAAAAACGCUCAAAACGUCAUCGGGGUAAAGUGAAGGCAUUUCCCAAAGAUGAUCCCUCGAAACCCAUUCAUUUGACGGCGUUUAUGGGAUUCAAAGCUGGCAUGACUCAUGUUGUUCGUGAAGUCGAUAAACCAGGAUCGAAAGUCAAUAAAAAGGAAGUGGUGGAAGCGGUGACUGUUUUGGAGACGCCUCCGUUGAUCAUUGUAGGUGUGGUAGGUUAUAUCGAUACACCACGUGGUCCACGACAGUUUAAAACUGUUUGGGCUGAGCAUUUAUCUGAAGACUGUCGGCGUCGUUUUUACAAAAAUUGGCAUUCAUCAAAGAAGAAGGCAUUCCAAAAGCUUGCAAAGAAAUGGCAGGAUGAGGAUGGAUUGAAAUCAAUACAAGCUGAUUUAGCCAAGAUGAAAAAAUAUUGUUCGAUGAUUCGUGUCAUAGCCCAUACACAGAUGAAAGUUAUGAAACAUCGGGAAAAAAAAGCGCAUAUCAUGGAAAUACAAAUCAACGGUGGCACUGUCCCAGAGAAAGUUGAUUGGGCGUAUGAACACUUCGAGAAACAAGUAUCAGUAGAUUCGGUGUUUGCCCAAGAUGAAAUGAUUGAUGUGAUUGGUGUUACCAAAGGGAAAGGUUUCAAAGGUGUUACAAGUCGUUGGCACACGAAAAAGUUGCCGCGAAAAACACAUAAGGGUCUUCGAAAGGUUGCAUGUAUCGGUGCGUGGCAUCCAUCUCGAGUACAGUUUACUGUAGCUAGAGCAGGUCAGAAAGGUUAUCAUCAUCGCACAGAAAUUAACAAGAAAAUUUAUCGUCUGGGAAAAUCUUGCCUCACUGAAGAAGGAAAGAAAAAUGGAUGCACGGAGUAUGAUAUAACAGAGAAAUCCAUCAAUCCAAUGGGUGGCUUCCCUCAUUAUGGCUUAGUUAAUCAGGACUUUAUUCUCAUUCGUGGUUGUUGUAUGGGUUCCAAGAAGAGGCCUAUCACAUUGAGGAAAUCAUUGAUGGUACAGACAAAGCGUUUCGCUCAUGAAAAAAUCAAUUUGAAAUGGAUUGAUACCAGUUCCAAAUUUGGCCAUGGUCGAUUCCAGACUCACGCUGAAAAGAAAUCGUUCAUGGGCAGAUUGAAAAAAGAUAUACUUGCUGCACAAUGA